AUGUCAGAUCCCUGCGACUAUUUUGUUGGCUGGAUCUGCGCCACAUGGAUGGAGUAUGUUGCCGCACAGGCGGCUCUUGACAAAGAGCACGAACAACCAGAGCAUCUAUCGCCAAACGACAGCAACGACUACACACUGGGCAUAAUUGCGCAUUAUAAUGUCGCUAUCGCCUGCUCGCCAUAUAGUGAAUACAAAACAACUUCCGCAGCUACUGUGGCAACGAAUAUGCUACAAAGCUUUCCUAAUAUCCGUAUGGGCCUACUAGUCGGCAUCGGCGGCGGUGUGCCGAGUACACAACGUGACAUCCGCCUAGGAGAUAUCGUGGUAGGCAUACCUCGUGACGGACAGGGCUCUGUAUUUCAAUACGACUUUGACGAGACCGUGAAUACUCGGGCCUUUCGAAAAACACAGUUUCUAAGUCCACUGCCUUUCUCCUUGCUGAAAGAGGUGACUUCAUUUAGGUCUGAGAAAGAGUACAAAGGAUAUACGAUCCGAGAAGUUAAGGACCAUAUUCUUCAGAAGAGUCCAACACUACAAAAGAUAUAUAAGAAGCCAGAUUUGGAUGCUGAUUUGCUCUUGGACCCCGAGGUUUCUCCUAUCUUAACGACCGCCAACUUCUACAAUAGGUCAAAGCUCAGGAGAGUACAGAAUACUCCGACAGUGCAUUAUGGUGUUAUUGCGUCUGCAAAACAGCCUAUAACAGAUGCGGCACUUCGAGAUGCGCUUGCUGCUCAUAGAAAUGUUUUAUGUUUUGAGACAGAAGCAGCUGAUUUUCAGAACCCCUUCCCAUACCUAGUCAUUCGGGGGAUAUGUGACUACUCAGACUCGCAUAGGGAUACGAAAUGGCAAGGAUAUGCAAUAGUAGCUGCUGCUGCAUAUGUAAAGGUCCUUCUUGCUCGAAUUAGAUCAAGAUCAAGUCGACUUGAGGCUUGGACGAGAGUUAUCGAUAUUCUCUCUGGAACCGCCGAAAAGAAUGAUUUAAUAGGCCGUACAUACAGUAAAGACGAACGUGAGAUGAUGCUUAACUGGCUGACGCUAUUCGACUAUGCUCAUCAGCAAGCAAAAUACCUGCAGGAGCGACAACCAAGGACCAAACUAGGGUUUCAGAAGACGUCAGAGUACAAGCAGUGGCUGAAUGGGAAUUAUUUCAAGACACUAUUCUGCCCAGGACGUCCGGGAGUGGGAAAGACAAUCCUCGCCUGUUCUAUUAUUAACGACCUUCAUCUGCAAUUCCGGCACAAAAAAGAUAUUGGGAUCGCGUACAUAUAUUUCAGCUACCGGCUAAAAGACAAACAAGAGAUUUAUGACCUACUUGCAAGCCUUUUAAGGCAGUUGAGUCAGGAGAGGUCUCCUCUGCCAGAGACUGUGUCAGUACUUUAUCAUAAGCAUAAGCACGGGAGCACAAUACCAUCACUUGAGGAAAUAUCGAAAGCGCUCCAUUCAGUGGUUGCAUUAUAUCAGCGAGUAUAUAUUGUGGUUGAUGCACUUGAUGAAUGCGAGAAAUCUGGCACUCGAGCAAGAUUCUUGUCCGAGCUCUUCAGCCUACGAGACAAGAAUCGCGUACAGAUCUUCGUGACCUCAAGAUUCAUUUCUGAAAUCACAGAGCAAUUCAAAGCAGGUCCAAUUUUAGAACUCCCUGCAGGCAGAGACAUAUUCGAAGAGGAUCAAUUUUUCGAAAUCCGUACAAGCACAGAAGAAAUUUCUAUCUAUCUGGACUCCCAGUUGUGCAAAUUGCCGGGGUCUUUGACUCAGAAUUCCGAAAUAUGGGCAAAAAUUAAGGCCAGGAUCAUCGAAUCUGCAUGUUCAACGAUAUUUCUUGCGCAGCUUCAAUUCAACUCUCUGUUAGACAAAUUGACGACUAGGGAUAUCCGAGCUGCCUUGAAGGGGCUUCCAACUGGAUCCGAUUUGUCCCAUCGAACCCAUGCAGACACGAUGAAACGGAUUAUGAGGCAGACUCUAGCUGCUAGAGAGCUUGCAAAACAAGUUUUGUCUUGGCUAACCUUUACUAAGAGGCCGUUGACAAUAUUAGAACUUCAAUAUGCACUUGCGGUAGAAGUCGGACAAUGUAAGCUUAACGAAGAGAAUCUCCCACAAAUUGAAAAUAUAGUUGCUGUAUGCGCUGGAUUAGUCGCAGUCGAUGAGCAAAGGAAAAUAAUCCGCUUAGCCCACUACACCACGCAAGACUACUUCAAGGAAGAGGCGAAUCGGUGGUUUCCGGAUGCAGACUUCGACAUGAUGAGAAUCUGUGUUGCCUACCUCUCAUUCAGCGUCUUCCAGGGCGGUCCUUGUCAGACAGAUGCAGCAUUGGCGAAUCGUUUGCAGUCAAAUCCUCUCUACGACUAUGCCGCCAAUUACUGGGGACACCAUGCUCGCAAUGCUUCAAGAUUAAGCCUAGAAGUGAUGCAAUUCCUGGACUCCAAGAUGGCAGUAGAAGCUUCGGUUCAAGCUCUUAUGCACGUCGAUCAGUACUCACCACAUGCCCCAAGACAAAUGACAGGGCUGCACUUAGCAGCUUAUUUAGGGAUAUCUUCAGCAGUCGAUGCACUUGUUCGGCAAAGGCGUAAACCGAGCGUGAAGGAUAAGUGCAACCGGACGCCACUGACGUAUGCCGCCGAGCAAGGACAUGAUAGCGUCGUGGAUUUGUUGCUGGGAAUAGAUACUGCCGAUAUCAACUCAAAAGAUGAGGAUGGUUCGACGCCUUUGUCAAGGGCUGCUGCCAAUGGACACGAAGCUUGCGUUAAGCUGCUACUUGAGAGACAUGCUGACAGUAAUUCCAAAGACGAAAAUGGUCAAACCUCACUGCAUUGGGCUGCGAAAUGUGGUCAUAUAAACAUCGUGCAGCAUCUACUUCAAAACGGAGCUAACAUCGAUUCGAUCGAUAAUAGAGGCUCAACACCACUUCAUGAGUCUAUCAGAAAUAUGCAACAGGCAGUUCAAGAGCUUCUGAUAGAGUCGGGGGCUAAUCUAGAUAUAACUGACGAUUGUAACCAGUCUGCCGUCGAACUAGCAUGGUCGAAAAAGCGUUUGGAUUUGUUCGCAUAUGAAGUCGAUAAGGAGGCGACGAUCAAUCAAGGAGCGCAGGCAAACUGUGCAGUUCUGCGAAAGAAUUCCGGAAGAGGAACUCCACGGUUGAUUUUCCGCAAGACUUUUACUUGGAGCAAGUCAGCUGCGGGAAACAAGAUACGGAGGUAUUUUUUGCGAGAAAACCGAAUAUUCCAAAAGCUGAACCAUCCUUUCAUUGUGUCAUAUCUGGGAUAUCAAGAAAAUAUAAGGCUACAAGAAGCCUCUGUAUACAUGGAAUUCUGCGAAGGAGGGGAUUUAGAGAGUCAGCAUGUUUACAGGCCAGAUAGUGACGAUGAUUCAGACAGUACGUCGCAACUGGAUCUGAGCCAUCCGGUUCCCUUGCGCGAAGAGGAAGUCUGGGUUAUCGCGUUUCAGUUGGCGGCAGCGAUGGCUUACCUACAUCAUGGACUCACGAUAAGGGGACUGGGCACUUUCUCUUUCGCAAGACACUGGGAGCCUGUCAUACACCGAGACAUUAAACCAGCAAAUGUUGUUUUGAAACCUAUGGUUGACAAAAUACCUAUUGUUAAGCUCUGUGACCUGGGGCUAGCAAAAGCCAUCGUGGGCGAAGAGAAGCAAACGAGGAAAAUCGGCACGCCAGACUACUCUCCGCCUGAAGUCAGACUGGGAAAGGGCUGGACGAUUAAAGGAGACAUAUACUCUUUUGGUGCAACCGUGGAUGACCUGUAUAAGGAAGCUGAACCACAACCUGAACUACGAGCGCUACUUGACAGCUGCAAAUCUCUAGACAAGUCUGCACGAUCUAGUAGUCUCUCUAUCCUGGAGAUUGCACAAGAACACGUCUCGAAACAUGAAAAGGAAAUGUGUUUCUAUUUAAAUCAAUUCUUUAAGUCAGGUUCUGGAGGCUAUCUCUUGCAGUCUCUAUUAGAGAUUGCAUCUGGGCUUGACGAAAUUGCAGCUUUUGGCGAUGAAGUAAGACUACGAAGAAAGAGGAUCCUUGAGAGGUUGCGCUUACUCUGCGAUGACGGUGCAGGGGAAGUAUUCGACAAACAUUCCAAGUCGCUUCAUCUUUCAGUUCUCUUAAAUCACCUAGACAAGUUCAGGGAAUUACUUGCCACUGGCAAAGAUAUUGAUGUAGACGAAAAAUGGGAUAACUCAGGGUGGACACCGUUGCAUCUGGCCUUUCAAGAAGACAAGCAGGAUGUGGUGGCAUUGUUAAUCAAGUAUGGGGCGGACCCGGAUAUCAUUGAUAGGUAUAACAGGCGGCCAGAUUAUUAUAAGGAAUGA